AUGGCCGCCCUCGUCACCGCUGGCGUUGCCACGGACCCCGACAACACCGCACACCGUGCCCCCGCGGCCGCCGGAGCCCGCCACGACAACGUAGACGAGCACAACGCCGUCGUCUCGGCCGGCGAGACCGUCACCCUCCGCCGCCGCGACUGCGACAUCGCCUGCCCCGUCGACCGCCGCUACUGCUACUACGCCCCCUACAACUACAAGUGUGACGGCCGCGGCCGGUUCACCUGGAGCCAGCGCAACAUGAACUGCGAGGGGCCGACCUCGGGCUGCUGGUGCUUCUGCGACUGGCGUCCGAAGUCGGCGGGAGGCGGCAAUAUGGUGGGGGAUUCGGGGGUUUCCAAGGACCUGGACUAG